CGACAUUAAUUUCGAGGUUGGCACUAUUGACAGAUGACAGCUGACAUCAAAAGAUUCAUUUUAUUUUGAUAUUUUUGGAGUUGAAGCGUGGUUUUAUUAAAUAGUUUCAAAUUAAUAAUAAUUAAACAUAAAACAUGGUCAAAUUGACGGCCGAGAUAAUCCUGAAUUCAAUGCAAUACAUAAAUCCAGUCAAGGAUAGAGAACUGGACUUGAGAGGUUAUAGAAUCCCUGAAAUUGAAAAUUUGGGCGCUACUGGGGACCAGUUCGAUACCAUAGAUUUCUCCGACAAUGAUAUCAGAAAACUUGACGGAUUCCCCUACCUGAAGAGAUUGAAAUGUUUGCUGAUGAACAACAAUCGAAUUGUGCGUCUGGGAGAGCACCUCGAAGAAUACAUUCCUAAUUUAGAAACUCUUAUCCUAGCCGGAAAUCAAAUUGAAGAACUGGCAGAUAUCGAACCGUUAGUUAACCUAGAAAAACUCACUACCUUAAGUUUAAUGUUCAACCCUAUUGCAGCCAAACAGCAUUACAGACUGUAUGUUAUAUACAAAUUGCCACAAGUAAAGCUACUGGAUUUCCGGAAAAUCAAAAUGAAGGAACGUGAAGAAGCAAGAACUCUCUUCAAGAGCAAAAAAGGAAAAGAAAUUCAGAAAGAAAUUGCUAAGAAGGCAAAAACCUUCGUACCUGGUGGCAAUAUGAACAACCUGGCUAAGAGUAGAGGGUUGACAGAAGAGGAACUUGGGAAGAUCAGGGAGGCUAUCAAUAAAGCCAGUUCCCUAGAAGAGGUGGAAAGACUGCAAAAAAUUCUGCAGUCUGGCCAGAUACCUGGAAAUGAAUUCAAUAGCAGACUUCAAAAUGGAACCAUGAUGGAAUACGAAUGAAGAACUACCUGUGUGUUUUCGGUAAAGUAUCACAAAGAGUAUUUAUAUAAGUUUUCAUUGUUGACGUCAUUGAUUUUGUAUAUUUAAGCUGAUAAGAACAUUGUACCACUACUUUUAUAAGAAAUAAAAAUGUAUGUGCUACAUAUUUUUGUAGGUUGAGAAGCGAUAAUUAUUACUAUCAUAAUAAAAACAAGAACAACUAUA